AUGACCGCUUCUCCGUCCGCCGCUGAAUCAAUUCCAGAGGAAGUCAGAGUUCCGGAGCCCAAGCCCGUUAAUCAGACUAUUGCUCAGAUCCGGUCGCUUGCUGCUGGUGCUGCCGGUGGUGUGUGCGCCGUUGUUGUUGGACAUCCUUUCGAUCUGGUGAAGGUGCGCCUUCAGACGGCAGAGAAGGGCGUUUACUCUGGUGCUAUCGAUGUUGUGAAGAGGACUGUGGCCCGGGAGGGUCUCGCUCGAGGACUGUAUGCAGGUGUCUCUGCUCCCCUGGUGGGAGUUACGCCAAUGUUCGCUGUCAGUUUCUGGGGUUAUGAUGUGGGUAAAACGCUCGUCGGCAAAAUGUCCGAAGUUCGCGUAGAGAACAACACCCCUCAAUACACCAUUGGCCAGAUUUCAGCUGCUGGUUUCUUCUCUGCCAUUCCCAUGACCUUGAUUACGGCACCCUUCGAGCGCGUCAAGGUGCUCCUUCAGAUCCAGGGUCAGAACCCCCCGCCUCCCGGUCAGAAGCCCAAGUACUCUGGCGGUCUGGAUGUGGUCCGGCAGCUAUACCAGGAGGGUGGUAUUCGCAGUGUGUUCCGUGGUAGUGCAAUGACCCUCGCUCGUGACGGCCCUGGUUCUGCUGCGUACUUCGCCGCCUACGAGUACAUCAAGCGCACUUUGACUCCCAAGGAUGCGGAAGGAAAUGUCACUGGCCAGUUGUCCAUGCCUGCCGUCCUGGCUGCCGGUGGCGCUGCUGGUAUUGCCAUGUGGAUCCCUGUCUUCCCUGUCGAUACCAUCAAGUCUCGUUUGCAGAGCGCGCCCGGUCGUCCCACAAUCGGCGGUACGAUUCGCACCGUCUAUGCCAGCGGUGGCUUCAAGGCUUUCUUCCCUGGAUUUGGACCUGCUUUGGCAAGAGCCGUUCCUGCCAAUGCUGCUACUUUUGCGGGUGUUGAGCUGGCUCAUCAGUUCAUGACAAAGCUCUUCGACUAG